GUGAAUACAGUGUGGCGUGCCGGGUCACGAAUGGCUGACAACACAUGCCCGUGGACUUGAACUACACAACUAUUGUGUUUACAUCUUCUCGGCAACAUCAUACGGACACAAGUGGUGACUUAAUGUACACCCGAUGAGAAAGAAUGGGUUUUUCUCUGACGUGGAUCAUAGCAGUUGCAUUCUUGGCCUACAUCGGUCACUCCCUGUGGGUGCUGUACACCCUGUUCAACCCAGCCCCUUGUGUGGAGACAGUGAAGGGGGCCUGCAUUCACCCUUACAUGAAGCGCAACCCCAAACUAGAGCUGAAGGUGUUUACGUCAAUCAAGGAACAUCGAAUCAGGGAGAGUGACCUUGACUUUGUCUGGAGGUGUGACAAUUUCUCAAAGGAGGAAGCGGUGGAAACGACUGUUAAUGUAUCAAUUCCAUCAAAAACACGAAAAAACGGCACCCUGUUCCUGCAUGCUUUUGUCUACCCAAUGGGUGAGAGUUCUCUGUUUGGAAGCUACGCGACCCACCACGUGACCAAGAUUACAACGUAUGCUCUGCCCCAGGCUCAGUUCAUCAGUCUGCUGGGAGACAGCAAGCGUGAGACGGCACCCGACAGGACGGUCACCCACUGGAAGCAGAAAGUGACCAUCAAUGUGAUGGCUGACCUCAUCCCAUUCGACCGGCGUGCCAUCCCAGGGGAGGUGUACAGAUACCUCAAAACCUCACCUGAAGGAGAUUACCUCCCCAUAGUCUUCAUAGAUGAACUGGGCUUCAGGACCAAGGAUCUGCUUCCAGUCAACAGGACCUCCUCCGAGAUGCCUCUCACGAUCACCUAUUCUUCGAUCUCGGUGGGAAAACUGCGAAUGUGGACAAAUGUUCUUGAGUCCUUCAAGAUGCUUCACAGCCUGGGCUUCACAGAAAAGGACACAGAUGAGAUCAAGGGGAUAUUUGCCGACACUAACCUGAACUUCCUCCUGCUCACCUUCACAGUGGCAGCCUUCCAUCUGCUGUUUGACUUCCUGGCCUUCAAGAAUGACAUCAGCUACUGGAAGAACAGGGACACCAUGGUUGGUCUGUCCACCCGAGUCGUGGUGUGGCGGUGUGUCUCCACCAUCAUCAUCUUCCUGUACCUGCUGGAUGAGAACACCAGUCUCCUUGUCCUCAUCCCUGCCGGCAUUGGUUCCAUUAUCGAGAUAUGGAAAGUUACCAAAGCAUUUAAACUCAAGGUCACCUGGAAUGGUAUGAAACCAUCAUUUGAGUUUGGCACGUCCUCAGACAAAGAAAAAGAAACACAGCAAUUUGAUUCCCAGGCUAUGAAGUAUUUAUCCUACGUCCUGUACCCCCUGUGUUUAGUUGGGGCUGGGUACUCCCUCCUCUAUGUACAGCAUAAAAGCUGGUAUUCCUGGUGUAUACACAGUUCUGUUAAUGGGGUGUAUGCAUUUGGCUUCAUCUUCAUGUUACCACAGUUGUUUGUUAAUUAUAAGCUGAAAUCAGUAGCUCAUCUGCCAUGGAGGGCUUUCAUGUACAAAGCAUUCAACACAUUUAUUGAUGAUGUGUUUGCCUUCAUCAUCACCAUGCCAACUGCUCACAGACUUGCCUGUUUCCGGGACGAUGUGGUCUUCCUGAUCUACUUAUACCAAAGAUGGCUCUACCCUGUGGACAAGACACGGGUCAACGAGUACGGCCAGUCCUUCCAGCAGGAAGACAAAGUCAAGAAGACAAACUGAGACACCAUAUUGGAAAAACUGCUGACCUUGCAUUUCAUCUUGACGUGAUCCAACUGAUCUCUAUCUCAUCUUCUUCUGAAAAUCCAAUGUGGAUAUCAAAGUUUCUGUUUAGACUGGAAAUAUAGGGAAAAUGUUCCAUUCCAAAGUUUUUAUAUCAUCAUUGUAGCGACCAUCAGUAGUGUUGUUACAGAUAUGUAAAUGAUAGUUUAGGAGGGUAUGUGUUUGAUGCAGUUGUCGAGGGCGACAUUUUGUGGUGUAUCUCUGUAACAGUAGAGUUCAGAGACCCAUUAUUUCACAGUAUUUAUUGGCAUCAUUGUUCAGGCCAUGAAGACCUGCAUCUUGAAAUCCAUGUCAUCGACCUGGUCAUGGGGGGUAUUUAGCUGUACGUUAGUGUUGAUUGUCAUGGGGGGUAUUUAGCUGUACGUUAUUGUUGAUUGUCAUGGGGGGUAUUUAGCUGUAUGUUAUUGUUGAUUGUUGGCAAGAUUGUUUUAUAUGCUGAUGUCUGGAUGUUUACCGUCAGCAGACAUCUUAGCCCUUCCAUGGCUGUGUGCUUGUCAACACAGACACGUUGUAAACAGCAUCUGUGCCCUUUCUGGUUGUACACAGCAUCUGUGCACUGUCUGGUUGUACACAGCAUCUGUGCACUGUCUGGUUGUACACAGCAUCUGUGCACUGUCUGGUUGUAAACAGCAUCUGUGCACUGUCUGGUUGUACACAGCAUCUGUGCACUGUCUGGUUGUACACAGCAUCUGUGCACUGUCUGGCUUCCAGCAGCCACUGCCAGCUGUAUCUUGUGUCCUGCUACCUUCAGGGUCCGUCAUUACUGGGAUGAUCUAUUUCUACCAGUUGGUCACCUGAGUAUUCAACCUGCUCUGGAAUACAAAUUGUCAUGUUUCUCAUAACAUUUCAACGUAAAUUAGCGAAUGUAAGUAACUCUGCCAAACAUAUCACUCCAGAAGCCUGAGUUUGUGACAGGGAUACAGUACGCACUGUACGUUCACCUUGUCACAUGUCUGUUGUACAGGAUGGAGAUAGAAAGGGGAAGCAGAUUUUAAUUCUGGACAUUGUUAAAGAAAGUUGAACAUUUCGUGUAACUGUAUUCAGGAGUUGAC